AUGAUGGGCGGCGCCGCCGCUGGCGGGAAAGGUGGCAUGAUGGAUGUGAUGCAGCUCCUCGUGAGUGCUCUGGGCGGCCUAGGUGGCGGCGCCCUCGCCGGCAUGGGCGGAGGCGGCGACUGGGGCGCCGGAGCCUGGGGCGGCGGCGGCAAGGGUUGGGGAGGAGGCGGCGGCAAAGGCACAGGGAAAGCAACCGGCGCGCGACCACCUUCCAACAACUGCCUCAGACUGCAGGGACUGCCCUUCUCGGCGACCGAGGACGAGGUGAGGGCAUUCUUCACUGGCUACCAGAUGACCGGCAGGAUUCACCUGAAGAUGGACGACUCCGGCCGCCCUUCGGGCAUCGGCUUUGUGGAGUUCGUCUCUGCAGAGGAGGCUAAGAGAGCCUACACUGAGAAGAACUUCCAGACAAUCGGCACGAGGUACGUCGAACUCAUGGAGGCCAUGAACCUCGGCUAUUCACGCCUCUCUCACAUGGUGAAUGUGGUCGUUCUGAAUGCGUGCAGCUUCCGACAGCAGCCGGCAGACGCCGAGGUCAUGGGCGGAGACCAUGACGGAGAUCAAGUUUUGCUGAUUUGGGAUCAGGAGAUUGUGGAUCAAGUGGUGCCUUCCGUGGUACACGUGGAAGAUGCCAGCUUUGAGGAGCGGAGCCAGAAGACUCUGCAAGAGGUUUCUCUUGCGGAGCUUCCGAGUUUGAUGUUGGAUGAGCUGGAGAUGGCUGCUCGGUCACAUCAGGUCUUUCGCGAGGCGGACAACAAACGCAGGGAUUGGGUGGACGAGGAGGGCUUCGAUGGGGAGCAUGCACUCCGACUUGCUGGGAUUUGCCAAGUCGGCGUGGACUGCGCCAGCAACGGCCGAACCAUCGAAAUUCCGACGGAGCUGAAGAAGACUAAGCGUCCUGACUGGUCCUUGAAGUCCAAGAAGAUGCAGCACAAGAUCCGAAUCUCGGAGAAGGCUUGCGGCCAACUCUUUCGGCGGGAGGUUGAAUUUGAACCCUUCGAGGACGUUUGCUUCCUUUCGCCGUUGCAGCUGGGACUUCCGACGUAUCCUCGCGAUCAACUUGAGCAAGCUGUCGACCUGGUGCUCUCGAAGUUCGGCGAGCUGCAGGAGAAAGCCGAGAGGAUCCACCACAGGGCGCAUCUUUGCCGACAGUGGCGCAACGACCUCCGCAGGGCACUCUUCAGGCAGAGCCGCAAAGACCUGCAGGAGGACUUUGUCGAGGGCCUGUUCGGUGCUGCGGUGUACGUCGUGCAGCUGUCCGCGCAUGCGAAGAACGAUGGCAAGGAGGAGUGCCAGAAGUUGAAGGACACGGGAUGA